AUGGCCACUGAGCUUUACAGUUCCAACCAUAACUACUCCGAUGUCUUUGUCUGCAGCAGUGGAUUUGGCUAUUUCGCUAGCAACAGCGUCCAGGCCUACCGUCAUCUUGGUUCCACGACUUACAACUCGGCUGGCGUCAUUGCGGAACCUUCUGUAGUGGCUUGGUAUGCCAGCGGGGGACUCGAGGAUGGCUGGUACGCCAUGAAGCACGGCAUGGGAGAUAUCCCUGCUUCCAUUGAUGGAAAAGACUUGCUUUCACACUGUGCCAGUGUUGACAAGAACCUCAUUCUUGUGACCGAUGAAGACCGCGACGAUGCUUACAGCAACGUCGAUGCAGCUAGCAUUGCCAACUUGAUUGAUACCAAUGGGUACAUCUUGAAUGUGAUUGCAAACUAUGGCAUCAAUGGCACUACCAGCGACUUUGGCAUGAAGAUUGGAGGCGUCACUUCCUUCGGAGGAACCCAUCCCCACUACACCGAGCUCAUUGUCGACAAGCCAGGAGCUGCCUGGAACAUUAACAGUCUUCGUGCUGGUGGUCUGCUGGCUCAAAUCUUUGCUGAUAUUUUUGUGGACAUUAAAGUCAAAGAAAUCUCUAAUGGAAGUGGCGGUCCUUCAGGUGGUGGAGGUACUGUCCGUGUUGGUGGACCCGAAGCCGGUGGAGAUCCCCACAUUACUACCUGGAACAAUAAGGAACACUACGAGUACCAUGGACAGUGCGACCUUGUCAUGGUAAAGGAUCCCAGCUUCGCCGAUGGUCUUGGGCUUUAUCUUCAUAUUCGUACCAAGAUUGUCCGAUACUGGUCAUACAUUCAAAGUGUGGCCAUCCGCAUUGGUGAUGGCGUUCUUGAAAUUGAAGGAUCCGCAGAUGCCAAGGACGCUCAGGCUCACUAUUGGAAGAACUUUAAAUACCAAGCCGACCUUGACACUUUUGCUGGCUUUCCAGUCACCCAAAAGCUUCCUUCCGUUUACAAGCGUUCCUACACCAUUGACUUGAGCUCCAAGUUUCCUGGACAAGAUAUUACAAUUCAAUUGUACAAGGAAUUUGUCCGUAUCAAGAUCAAUGGCAAAGAACAAGUUUUUGGCAACUCUGUUGGUCUACUCAGAGACUACAAGACUGGAAAGACUCUUGCUCGUGACGGUGUCACAGUCUUGGACGACUUUACUGAUUUGGGUGACGAGUGGCAAGUUUUGCCCAGUGAACCAAGACCAUUUCACGAGAUUGCCCAUCCCCAAUUCCCCGAGCUCUGUUUGAAGCCUGAAGAUCCUCGUGGGGAGCGCAAGCGUCGUUUGGAAGAGUCCAGCAUCUCCGUAGAAGAUGCCGAGAAGGCAUGUGUUUCAUUGAAGGAUCCCCUUUCCAUCAAGGAUUGUGUCUACGACGUGUUGGCAACCCAAGACGUUGACAUGGUUGGUGCCUUUUAA